GGUCGCCAGGCGCGGGGCGGGGAGGGGAAAGAAGGAGAAGAAGGAGGAGGAGGCAGGAGGGAAGAUGGCCGAGGCUGUGCCCGACACCAGGCGCCUGCUCACCAAGCCCCAGAACCUCAACGACGCCUACGGGCCGCCCAGCAACUUCCUGGAGAUCGACGUGGGCACCCCGCAGACCACGGGCGUCGGCCGCCAGCGGUACACCUCAUACGAGGUCCGGAUCAAGACCAAUCUACCGAUAUUCAAGUUGAAGGAAUCUUCAGUGAGGAGAAGAUACAGUGACUUUGAAUGGCUGAGAAAUGAACUUGAAAGGGAAAGCAAGGUUGUGGUGCCUCCAUUGCCAGGCAAAGCACUAUUUCGGCAGCUGCCUUUCAGAGGGGAUGAUGGCAUCUUCGAUGACAGCUUUAUAGAAGAGAGAAGACAGGGCCUUGAACAAUUUAUUAACAAAGUUGCGGGGCAUCCCUUGGCACAGAAUGAGCGCUGCCUUCACAUGUUCCUGCAAGAGGAAAUCGUAGACAAAAACUACACGCCAGCAAAGGUGAAACAUGCACAAACAGUGUGAAUGGACUAAAACACUGACCUUGCUGACAAAAUCCUUCCAUAUCAAUUGAAAUUGCUGGUUUUUUUGGUUAAUCCUCAGUCCAUCUUUCUGCUUCCCGAUGUUUCUGAACAGAGCUUCGUCACGGGUGCAGAUCGCGAGCAAGAAGGAUCUGCACUUGGGAUACGAGUUGGCUACUAUGAUUUGGCUUUGUAUAACACAUUAUUGCUUUAUUCGUACUGAAGCCUUAAAAUUGAGUCGAGUAUGGAGAUGCGCGUUACAUUUGUGAUCGCGCGUUACAUUUGGCAAGUCUGCCGGGUGAACCCGCGGUGUACGAGUGCAGUAUUUCUAACAAUUUUAUCUGAUAUACUCCCGACAGUUGUGAAAGAAUAUUUUUAUAAUGCAUGUGCUUUGUUAUUCAAAAACUCCUAGCUGAAGUUUGUCCGUAAUCUGGCAAGCAUUUUGUUUUUGGAGUGCAUGGUGAAUAGAUGGGGGUGGGGGGGAGAUUUAAGACCACCACUAACCAAACCACAACCCUCUCUGUUUGUGUUCCUUCCCACUUUUUGCCAAGCCCACCUAUCGCCACGCAGCUCCCUUUUUUGUCCCCUCAGCUGGGAACCUCUAUCCAUAUUAUACUGCAUUUGUAUCUUUGCGGCUCGUAUAUAUAAUGAGAAAGUCGAGCCUCUUCCGAUUCCUUCGCUUUUUGUACUAACUCUUGUAGCCAAGUCUCUGUUUUUGAACUUAUCAGACACUAAGAACAAGCCUCCUGCAAAGCGGAAAUGUCUUCAAAUAAAGUUAAGACAAAUGUUGAAUCAUAUUUAACUCUGUGCGUAUGUCACUAUGUUAUAAACUUUAAUGCUUCUCCUUGGUUUGUUACACAUGCUCUGCUUGUCUUCUCCACAUAUUUUUUUUUUGCUGUGCAUCAGUGUUAAUGGAAGAGAAGCAGAGUUCGAAUGACAACCAACUUAUUUCCAGUGCAAUUAAUUUACUCUUCGCCAGUCAAGUGAAACUUUGCUGUAUCCUGGUCCUGCUAUCUUGUCUUUAACUGCACUUGAGAAUAUCCUGAGACUCUAAAAGGCACAUUAAACAUGUAUUGAUACCUGA